GUACAUUAUCUCCUGCAUUUGAAGUGAUAUGUCAAGGUAACAGACAAUCAUGACUAUGAAUCGAUAAGACAGGAGUACAAACCACAAGUGCCAGAAUACUUCAAUUUUGCAACUGAUGUCCUCGAUAAGUGGAGUGAAAUGGAAAAGGCUGGAAGCAGAGGUUCAAACCCUGCUUUUUGGUGGCUGAGUCGAAGAGGGCAAGAAGUGAAAUGGAGCUUCCAGGACCUUGGAGUUUACUCCAAGAAGGUGGCCAAUAUCUUGUCUGAUGCAUGCAAUCUUCAACUAACUGAUCGAGUUAUUGUUAUCCUGCCCAUCAUUCCUGAAUGGUGGCUAUUGAAUGUGGCAUGCAUGAGAACAGGUACUGUACUGAUCCCUGGAACAAGCCAGCUAACUGCCACAGACAUUUUAUACAGACUGCAGGCCUCCAAAGCAAAAUGUAUCAUUACAAAUGAUAUUCUGGUAGACUCAGUAGAGUCAGUGAUGUCCAAGUGCCCUUCUCUCAAAGCAAAGGUGAUCAUAUCACAUAAAUACAGAAAGGGAUGGAUGAAUUUCCACGAACUUUACCGAAAUGCAUCAUCGGAUCACAAAUGCGCAAAGACCAAGAGUUUCGAUCCAUUGGCCAUUUUCUUUACCAGCGGAACCACAGGUGCUCCCAAGAUGGCUCUUCACACCCAUUGCAGUUAUGGAAUAGGCCUGACAGUGAAUGGAAGGUACUGGUUGGAUCUCACUCCUUCAGAUGUGAUGUGGAAUACCUCGGAUACUGGCUGGGCUAAGUCUGCAUGGAGCAGUGUCUUUUCACCAUGGAUUCAGGGAUCUUGUGUUUUUGUCCAGAACAUGCGUCGGUUUAAUCCAGAACAAGUAUUGGAAACUUUAUCUAAGUAUCCAAUAACGACCUUCUGUUCUCCACCUACUGCAUACCGAAUGCUUGUACAGAGUGAUGUCAGCAAGUACAAAUUCAAGAAUCUCCAGCACUGUGUGAGUGCUGGUGAACCCAUUAACCGAGAGGUGAUGGAUAGCUGGAAAAAACAGACUGGCUUGGACAUCUAUGAAGGAUAUGGUCAGACAGAAACUGUCUUGAUCUGUGCUACUUUCAAAGGGAUGAAAAUUAAACCUGGUUCAAUGGGGAAGCCAUCGCCAGCAUUUAAUGUACAGGUUAUAGAUGAGAAUUGUAAUGUGCUUCCUCCUGGAGUUGAAGGCGAAAUUGCCAUACACAUGAAGUCUGUUAGACCCUUCAGUCUUUUUUCUAGAUACAUUGAUCAGCCAAAACAAACUGCUGCAACCCUGCGAGGAGACUAUUAUCUGACUGGAGACCGUGGUCAAGUGGAUGAAGAUGGAUACAUCUGGUUUAUGGGAAGAGCAGAUGAUAUAAUUUUAUCAUCUGGAUACCGCAUUGGACCAUUUGAAGUAGAAAAUGCAUUAAUUGAACAUCCAGCAGUGGCAGAGUCUGCUGUGGUUGGCAGUCCUGAUCCCACAAGAGGAGAGGUUGUGAAGGCAUUUGUCAUUCUAACUCCUAAUUUUACCUCUCACGAUCCUGACAAGUUAAUUAAAGAAUUACAGGAACAUGUUAAAAAAACCACAGCACCAUACAAGUACCCAAGGAAGAUUGAAUUUGUGAAGCAGCUGCCCACGACCAUUAGUGGGAAAAUCAAAAGAAUUGAGUUACGAAAGAAAGAAUGGGAAAACACUAAGAUUUAAAUCAUUUUUGUGCAAUGUGCUUUUAUAUUAAACUGAUUUGAACAAGUUAUAAAUUGUAUGUUAGCAAAUUUUUGUCCUGUACUGUUACAAGGCACCAGUUUAUCCAAAAGGAGUCAUAACAUUUUAGGUGUCCUGUUACCAUUACUUGUGUCUGAAGUGAUAUUGCAUACUUACUGCAGUAUAAGACAUCACAUAUUUCAAAUAGUGGGCCAUGUUUCUAGUACCCGAAGUCCAAAAUACUGAAUCGCUCAUGAAGUGAUCUAUGCAAUCUAAGAAAGAAUACCUUGGCUUUACUAAAUCCAACUGAAAGAUAGAAUCAUGAUUUUCCUUUAAGUAUUAUUUGUCUAGCUUUGAUAAAUUAUCUGAAAUGCUGCAAAUGUAGCGACUCACCGUCCGGGUAAGCGAACCGGCUCAGCAGUCGGGUCGCACAGCGUCAGAGAAGCGAGGCCCUAGAUGGCGGCGGGCCUUCAUCUUCCCCGAGCGACAGGGAGAACCCGCACGCGGGAAAGACUUGAUGAUGUAGCAUAUACAUCAUUGCCGAUUGCAUUGGGUGGGAACAGUCUCCCUUAAAAGGCCCGCGCAAGGUGGGAAAAUAAACCAGUUCUGUUUUGAAACUCUACAACUCACGUCGUGUUCAUUCUGCGGUAGCAGCCACUACACAAAUAGAUUCUAGUUUAACAGGGGUGAGAAAAGUACAAUUCCAUUCACAUUUAAGCCACAUUAGCCUGCGUAUCAUUAUUUGGCCAAAUAAUCUACAGCCAAGGAUAGAGAUCAGAUGUGGUUUGAAAAGCUAAAGCAAACAAGUUUUCUCCAACUAUCUUGCACUAGAAAUGUAUUUACAUAAACUCAGGAAAAAUAUGGUACUGUAAUGCUUAUUAGUACUUAACUAGUUACCUAGGCAGAGCCCAUUCUAAAACCCAUGGCAAAUUGUGAAAUUGAUUCCCAUAUAUCUAGCAUUUUGUGAGCCAGUAUUCCUCUUAGGUAGUCCCUUGGUAUCAAGGAUGAUUUGCUUACUCUCUAGUUUUGUGGGUUCUGAAGUGGCUAAUGAGGCCAGUGGAAAAUGCAGACUCUUUGACAAAUGGACUGCAAGCUGGCUGAUAGGUACUCCUAAUGCAUAGCCUCAAGGUUCUCAAUUGCCAUAAAACCCUAAAGUGGUUCAGCAGUACAUAUCAAGGCAGCAACCCUACCACCUCUACCCAGUCAAACCAACACAUGAUCCCUGUUCCACAAUGUUGUUGAAUCUCAAUGCCUUGUAAA